AAUUUGAAUCAGAAACCCCCACACCACACCACAACGCUCCCCCACGCCCCACCCAACAACGAACCGAACCUUGUCUGAAAUUCCCAUGGCGGAGGGUGAGAUCCAGAAGGUGGACCCAGAGACGGAGUUUCUGGCGUCCAAGAGAACCAGCGGGAACGAGUGGGAAAUCUUCAAGGAGAACGUCAGGCCUCUCAAGCGAGGCCGCAACGUCAACCUCCUCAACCACGCCCUCAGCUCUCACACCCACCACACCCUCAGAAAAACCCUCCUCCAACAACGAAGGAAACUCAUCGAAGCCAUAGACGAGUACCAAGGUCACGACCCUCUUCUCCCCUGGCUACAGUGUAUCAAGUGGGUUCAGGAGGCGUUUCCUCCUGGUGGAGACAGUUCGGGGCUGGUGGUGAUUUACGAGCAGUGUGUGCGUGCUUUUUGGCACUCGGACCGCUAUAAGGAUGAUUUGCGCUACCUCAAAGUGUGGCUUGAAUAUGCAGAUAAUUGCUUUGAUGCAGACGUUAUAUAUGCUUUUCUGGAUGCAAAUGGAAUUGGAAAAACUCAUUCCAAUUUCUACAUUUCAUAUGCUUUGCACUUGGAGUCUAAGAACAAGUUUAAAGCUGCCAACCAGACAUUUGAGCUUGGCAUAUCUAGGAAUGCGGAACCGAUUGAAAAACUGAAGGCUUCUUAUAGACUAUUUCUCGCACGCUCAAUGGCAAGGCCAAAAGCUAUAGAUGAUUCAGUGGAAAAACUGGCACCCACGCGUAGUUUUGGAACUGUUCUCGCCAAGGGAGACAAUCGUGAUCGUGCACCCCUGUCCACUUUGAACUGUGAUCCUUCUGCUAAGAAUGAUAGGACUCGAGCAGCUCCACUUUCCAUUUAUAAAGAUUCAGUUGCCACUGGUGAUACUGGUCCUCAUCAGCCAGACCUGUCGCACUCUUGGCUCACACUCGGAGCUAGAGCUGAUAGAAAUAAGGAAAACAAUGCAAUUCCUGGAAAGUGGAAGUCCUAUAAGAUUCCACAGCGACCUGGGACUAGAACUGGAGGAGCUACUGCAAGUGCUUUUAUCCCCGUGUUUGUUGAUGAAGAGUGUCAAGAUUCACGAAGUUUGAAAGCAGAGGACCGCAAGUCUUCAAGUUUGAAGAUUAGGCAAGAGGACGAGAAGGAAUUAAAAAGGGAAACAGAGCUACUAAGGAAGAACCCAUUACGCAACUUUCCUCAAAAUAGCCUCCCCAGAUAAUUCAAAGCCAUUCCUAUUGCUAUUGCAGAAGUAUGCAUUAUUUCUUCAACAAUUUGUGGCUCCGCUUUCUCCUAGAAAGCUUGGACCCACGUUUAAUUGUCGCUUCAAAUUUGUACUGAAAUUUCCGGUUUGUUUGUUUGAUUUGAUUGUACGAGUGUGUUUGGACUGAAAAUUUAAGAAAUUUGUAAUGUUGGUUGACAAAAUAA